AUGUUCAUAAAGGGAGCGACAAAGCGAUAUUUGGAAUUAAAAGUAUUAAUGAGAAUGAUGAAAUAUAUAGAUAGCAAUGAAGUUAUCUGGCGUAUUUUUGGUUUUCCCAUACACGAAAAGAAUCCAUCUGUGGUACAUUUGGCUGUGCAUUUGGAGAACGGUCGCGGGUAUACUUUACAGAAAACUACUCUAAAUGCAUUUUUUAAACUUUGUAAUAGAUCAGAUAUUGCUCUAAGAUUUGCUAGAACAUUAUUAUAUACAGAUACAUCUAAAUAUUUUACAUGGGAUAAAAAAUUAAAAGAUUGGGUACCUAGAAAACGAGGUAUUCUUGUUUCAGGAUUUAAAGGCAUAUAUGUGACAAACAACUUGGGUAGAUUGUAUACUGUUCAUCCUAAGCAACGAGAAUGCUUUUAUUUACGUUUGUUGUUGAUUAAUGUUAUAGGACCAACAUCAUUCCAAAAUUUGAGGACAGUCAAUGGAAUUUUAUAUGAAACUUUUUAUGAUGCGUGCCGUGAGUUGCACUUAUUGAAGAAUGAUAAUCAAUGGGACAUGACUCUUGCAGAUGCAGCACUGAUUUCAUCUGCACAUCAAAUUCGACAAUUAUUCGCAAUAAUAUUAACAACAUGUUUUCCAUCAGAUGCAUCUGCACUGUGGAAUACACAUAAAGACUCAAUGAGUGAGGAUAAUUUGCAUCGAACAAAUAUAUAA